GUUUCAGAUACAGAAAACAUCCUGGGCAUUGUUCAGGCUGAAACCAUCAAAGUCUCUGUGGAGGUCUACGAUGUUAAUCUGAGCAUCAACAUGCCUGAAGGUCCAGAUGGCAGCUUGGAAUUUGGAACCAUUAAUGUCCUUGAUAAUAAAAAGGAAGUCCUGAGUCUGCAGAACAAAGGCUUAUAUGACAUCGAGUACAGUUUCAAGCUGACCACUGGAAGUGCCAAGAGGGGCGACUUGGAAUCUCCCUUCACUGUCCGGCCGCAGAGGGCUGUGCUGAAAGCCUCCCGGCCACCUGUGAAAGUUGAGGUCCUCUUCCACCCCACGACUGAAGU